GACUUCCCCUACCCCGCUUCUCUCGGAUAGGCGGCGAACUGAAACCUUGCAGACUUGAGUCCACUUCAGAGUUUCGGACUUUCUCGAACUUUGUCAAACUCUAUUCUCUGGCCUCCAGAGGUUGAAACUCUUCAACUCUUCUCGCGCUGACACUGUGCAGGCUUUUGUCUCUUUUGUUUUUAGACAAUGAAUUGUCAGCUACCUUUCCCUGGAGUACAGUUAUCAGUUUUAUUUAUCAUAAGCUUCUCUCUUGCUCAUGGAUAUCCGCCAAGUCUGUUUCAGGGCAGCGCGUAUUCAGGAACCGUUCACAGGCACAGAAAUAAAAACUGGUGCGCUUUUAUUGUCCAAAAGAACGUAAGCCGCGCAGUUCAAGGCAGCGUGGAAAGUCACGUUGGACCUGAAGCCGCGCGCUGUCCCGAACAUCAGCCUGACUGUGAGCCACAAAUGAUAUACCGUACUCGAUUUCAGCCGACUUACAAGAUAGCAUACAAGACUGUGACUGAGCUAGAAUGGAGGUGCUGUCCAGGAUACCAGGGCCCAGACUGCAGAGAACUGAAAGACUCUCCAAAUGGACAGAUAGCAUAUCCACAAUCAAACCCACAGCAGGCUCAGCAUGGACAAAGUCGACCUGCACAAAGGCCAGAACGACGAGAAACUGGACAAUAUGACAUCAGACGAACAGCUGACAAAACACGCAUAUUGGAGGAAGAAGUACAGCGCCUCUCACAGACGGUUCUGGAUCUUCAAGCAGCCAUGACAGGUAUGGCUAAAAACCUGAGAACAGACUUACAGGAGGACACCAGCAAGAUGCUCAUUACUCUCCUCAGUGACAGGACCUCACCUGACAGCACAAGAACAGGAGGCACGGAGGAGAGUGUGGUGCAUCUGGAUGGCCACCAGGCAAUGAGAGGCCACACCCAUGGGGAAAGAGAAAUGAAGACAUUGUUGGCCAAGCUCAACGAUAUGACAGAUGCUCUCAAAAGCAAAGACGAAGCUCUUGAGGAACUGCGGGGAACAGUGACAGGGCAUGACGGGCAGAUACGAAUGCUUAUGGAUAGUUCCUCUCAAGGCCUACCAGUCACAGGUGCUGGAGCUCCAGAUAUAGACAUCCUUCAGACUUAUAUUGAUGGGAAAUUUGAGAAGCUCAAGAAGGAGCUUGUUGUAAACAUGGAAGAAGAGAUGGCCAAGCUGAAAAAUGCAUGUGAUGAAAGGAUUCAGUCUCUUCAAAAAACAUGUGAAGAUGGAAAGGACAACAGCUAUGUGAGCCUUACUGAUCUAGUGCACAACAAGGAAGCGGAGCUUAGAAAGGAGAUACGUGAGAUCAGAUUAGAUUUGUCCAUGUCAGAUGGUCUAUUGCGCCCAAACCAGCAAACAACCAUCGGAAUAGAUGACAGUAACUAUGAUGACUUGAGGAGGGAACUUAUUCGAGUGGUGGAGGCCCAUCGUGUCCUUAAUGCCAGAGUGGACAAUGAGCUAGAGCAUCUGUCCUCACUGAAGAUAGAAGAUGUGCUCGGGUCACGCUUAGAGGACCUGGAGGACAGGAUGAAUGUCACUGAGAGGAACGCAGAGACUUAUUGCUUCUAUGUUGAUGAAAAACUUACCAAGGAAAUUAUGGAUGAAGUAGCUAUGUUACGUCAACUCCUGGACCAGAAACUCAAUGCUGUGCAGGAUCAGUUCACUUCCAUGUUGAUCGAAAUGAACAACAACUCCUUCCCAGGGAUGUCUAGCAAUGCACUGCAGAUUCAAGUUAAUGCUAACAGACAUCUUAUAAAGGGGUUGGAGGACAAGUAUAAUGCAAUUGGGCAGAUAUGCUCAACCGACUGCAAAACCAACCUACCCACUGAUUCCAAAAAGCCAGAAGGUUUAGAUAGUCUUGUAAAGGACGUUAGUCUCUGCAGAAAUGAUCUGGAUGUCUUACGUUCUGAUUUUGUGAACAACAUAGCAAGGCUUCAUGCAUUAGAGGAUACUGUUAGAAUGUCACCUGAGAAGCAGUUUCUUAAUGCACAUAUACAGGACACCCACAAAAGAAUUAAUGCUUUGACUGACAAUGUUAACGGCUUGACUGGAGCUAUAACGGGAUUGGGAGACACAGUUAGCAAAUUUAGCCAAGACCUUCACACUUUGAACUCCACGUGUUGCCAGCAGGUAAGCAGUUCCCCCCUUUGGGUAGAAACUGGUAAACCAAGCCACAACCAGAUCGAGGAGCUAAAAGACCAAGUGGAUGCACUGAAGGCUCGAGUGACCACGGAAUUGAGCGUUUGUAAGUUCAACACAGCUGGAGUAGCUGAGGGUGUCUCAGCAGUGGACAACAGGGUGACUGCUCUUGAGAAGAUCUGUGGACGACUUGACGGUGAGAGGAACAAUAUCCAGGGCCCUUCAGGGGAAUUGGAGAGGAAGGUGGCACAGAUGAACAGCACUCUGGGCAGUCAUUCAGGAGCGAUCACAGCUCUUCAAAACUCCCUUCUGAAUUUUCAGAGUCAGCUAGCAGGAAUGGCUAGGCAAAUUCAUAAGGACCAUACAAGAAAAGAACAAGGACUGCCUGUUCAGCAGAAGAGACCCGUGUCUACCCCUUACACUCGAGCUCCAACACAACCCAUGAGACCCUAUGUUCCUCACAUCCACAUACCUUUGAUCAUACCACACAGAACAGUGCCAGCCCCCACUGUCCGUCCUCAUGUGCGCCAGCCACACGUCCCACACCAGCCCUACUUCCCUCAGCCACCAGGCAGCCCCAGGCAUCCCAUCCACCCCGUACAACCCCAUCAACCUGCCAUACACCAGCCAGUGGUGGUCACAGGGCAAGCCGGCCCACCUGGGUAUGUGCGCAGGGUCACACGGCAUCAAAGAUCUGAGGACUCAAAAACACAUUUGAAAGGAUUUGCAGGUGCUCCAGGUUAUCCUCCUGUCAAUCCUGUAUCAUAUAAUACCAAACAAUCGCAUCCAGAAGCUGCCCAUGUCCCAUGGAAUCCUGCAUAUCAAAGACCCAUCGCAACUCCAGUGUCCCAGCAGAACUCCUUGACGGAUCCAUUUUCUUUCUCUGCUGGCCUCACACGGCAGAUGUUCUCAGGGGACUUCGGUAUCAUUCACUUUGAUAGAGUGCUAGUCAAUGAUGGAGCUUUUUACAACCCCUCUACAGGGAUCUUCAGGGUGCCCGCGGACGGACGUUAUCUUGUGACUGCCGUUCUAACAGCUCCACAGGGUGAGCAUGCAGAAGCCGUGCUCUCAGUGUCCAAUCGCAGCGUGCAGAAGUUGAACACAGCAGGUUACUGGAGUGGCCACCCACGGCUGUCCCGAGAUCAGUGUGCGUGUGGGGGGUCUGCAUCCUUCAGCCUCAUCCUCCCACUCCGGCAAGGUAACACUGUGGCUUUGGUCCGCACCGCCGGGAAGUUGGCGAUCUCUGAAUCUAGAGAGAUCCUCUCCACCUUCAGCGCUAUAUUCCUCUACUCCCCUCAAGCCAAGAGAUAACCCCGCCACUGAGAGGAGUGCUAACCUGACUUAACGCAAGUCUAACCAUUCACAACGCUUCCUCAUUUAGAAAGGUGUGGUCACAUUUAGGGUUGUGCAGAUAGAUGAUCGUGUAUUGAUACUAUCCUAGGCCUAUAUAUGUGCAAUAUUUUAACCGAGCCCUCACAAACUUAGUUUAAUGCCACAGUUAUGUUAGAAUGCGUCUCAUUCUUGUUUCUGCAGCUGUGCGUGGGGCGCGCGGUCCGGAGUGCUGUAAGACUGAUGUAUCCAUUCAGUUUACCUUUACUCCAAAUAUAUGAACUUCCCUGUUUUAAAUAUUUUAUAUUUAACGUGGUCGUUUAUGUCCAAUAUUUAGUGUUAAACUGUUGGUCUUUAAAUAAAAUCGACUAUUGAUUUUCACCGUUGACUGAUUUUGCAGAACAUUUAGACUGAUAACUUCCGUGCGCAGCUGCGGCAAAUUUGUCACAGCACGCCCGGUAUGACAGUUGUGUCCGAUUAUAUAUGAACUAGCUGUUUUAAAUAUAGAAUUUUUAAAUUUAACAUGUUAGUUUAUCAGUAUGUUUGAAAGUAUAUUUUUCCAGUUAUUGGUGUUUCCAUAGGCUCACUCUCCCACACCUGUGUGGUUUAAAACACCAAAUAGAGUACAGAGAGGUUCUCUCCUGCCCUACCCGUGCACGAUAAUAUUGUGUAUCGUCGAUCUCAUGGGCUGAUGAUAUGACGAUUUGAAAAAGGGCCAUAUCGCCCAACACAAUUCACAUUAGCAAAAUUUCUGAUAAAUUUUCAACAAAGCUUGAAUCCACUGCGUAAUCUGCGCGGGAAAAACUUCCCAACCUUGUGGAUUCCUAUUGAAAUCACUGGAGUUCGCUUUUUGCGAAAAUUUAGUUGUGACCAAUGGUAAAUGUGACCACACCUUAAGACCUGUGACUAU